GGCAUUCGGCGCUGUAACGGCUCUGAAAGCAACACUGCAUCAAGAUUGUACGUCGUAUCGAACCGACAGACCAAACGUGGCUAUCGUACUGUGUGGACCUGCCCACCAGCUCAAGCAUCCGACAGAGAAAGGACUGACCUCACACAAGCAUCAUGAGGAUUCUGCUUUUAUUUGUUACUCUAUCAAUCGUCGCUUUAACUGCAGCAAGACCUCAAGAUGAGUCAGAUGCGCGGGCGGUGCAGAGGGGGGGUCUACUCAAAAGAGGCUUAGUGGGAAAAGGGAAACAAACGACGACAACCACAACGGCAGCUCCACAAGAGGAAGGUGAUUAUGAAGAGGAAGGUGACUACCCUGCUGAGGCUGAAGCGCAAGAACCCUCGACGGAGGCACCUCCAUCUUCUACUGAGGGGAAAAAGCUGGUUGCAGGUGGAGUACGACCCUUCCGCAGUAACACUGACCUCCUAGCUGCUCUGAAGAGGCGGCGUGCCCAAGUGGCUGAAGCAAAACUGAACGGAAACAGUCAAUCAAACGCAGCAGCUUCCCAGCAACAGGAGGUUCAAACAGAAGCGCCGGUUAAGGCUAACUUUAGUAAAAAACGAUUCAACACAGCAACACGAGAGACAAGAGUUGAGGAUGCACCAGCGCCGGCGAAACCAAGCAGAGGACGCUUUGGUAGACCUGGAUCAAAGGCUAUACAGGAAUCGGAGCCAGAAGAACAAAAUGAAGCUACCACAGCACCAAGAACCGGCAGACAAUUCAGGGGGUAAAGAAAUUAGUACCUCAUCAUAGCCCCAAACAUCCUUUCCCUCACCCAUUCAUAAUUCCAAUCCAAAACUACUCUCCUACCCAACCACAUAUUACCAAAUGCUCAGCAACUUUAGUCUGAAUUUCCCAUUUUAUAUCUCUACCCCGCCUUCUUUUAUUUACAUUAUAUUUUGUUUUUACUAUAAGAUUCAUGAAUUUGUUGUAUAAUAAUUCUGGUUUAAUCGGCCCGACCGAAAUUUAGAUAUAAACGUACCUACUAUUUUGUAAAUUAUAUGUCUUAAGUAUUUUAAUAAAAUAAUUUAAAGUGU